AUGCCUUCGCUCGGCACGGAUAAGAUCUUCAACUAUAGACCGCUCAUCGAAAAAGACGCUAUACGCUUAAUCCUCCUCGAACCCUCCCCAAGAGACUCUCCCAUAUGCUGCUCAAUAGAGCACUCGACGCUCACCCGCUUCGAACACGAGCUACGAGACCACUACACCGCUCUAUCCUACGUCUGGGGCUCACCAACCAAAACACACGAAAUCUCAGUCGAUGGCUGUGUUUUCGGCGUAACAUCGAAUCUCGAAUCCGCUCUUCGACAUCUGCGCGAGGAGGAACCGGGUCGAGUUUUGCGGCUUUGGGUGGAUGCAAUUUGCAUUGAUCAGGAGAAUGAGGGGGAGAAGAAUACGCAGGUUCAGCAGAUGGGUAGAAUAUAUGCUACGGCUCAUCAUACUGUUAUUUAUCUUGGUGAGUCGACUGAGGCGACUGAUUGGGCUUUUGAAAAGCUUCGGUCGUGGCGGAAAGAACGAGGAAAGUCUGCUUCCGAGACGGAUGCCGGCGAUGUGAAAUCAGGUGUUGAUAAUGUCCAAAAGCUCUGGGAUAUACUGGAAAGCGAUGUCUUGACUUGCCAAUGGUUCAGUCGAGCUUGGGUUUUUCAAGAACUCAUGCGCUCGGGAGAUCCGUGGUUGCAAUGUGGAAAUAUGAGAACGAGAUGGGAUAAAUUCUGUGAAGCAACCAGAAGCGUGUGGGAGCAGCUUGCGCACAGAGAGCACAAAGAACUCUGGCCUAUCAUGCCACGACCCGAGGGCUUGGAUCUUCUGCAGAAAAUGCAAACUCGACGUCAAAGAUUGCUUUACCCUCAGGCUGCUCUACUUCCUCUUGCGGAUGAUCAUAAUUAUCGAUAUAUAGGCCCUGCUGUCAACAAACAACGUGAUAAGACCAAGAAUAAUCUGCUUGACUUACUCUCGCUACGACGAAACAGCCAUGCAUCAGUUUCGAAAGACAAAAUUUUUGCGCUUCUAGGAAUCGCGUCUGACUAUAGAAAAGAUCCAGGUGAUCUAAGAGUCGACUAUGGGUUGAGCACCGUUCAGGUUUUUACCAAAGCGGCCCAAUAUAUAGUGUUGCAUUCGAAAGAGCAUUUCGACGCCUUCCUCGACGAGGUCCUGGAAGGCGACCUUACCAAGAGAACCCGCAAUCUACCUUCUUGGGUACCAGAUUGGAAUCUGGACAGGUCGGAUAACAAAGCUCCCGUCACCUGGGCAUCAUGCUGUGGAUCACUAUACCAAACAUUAGUUCCAUCAUUCAGACCGUGCGAACAAUUACCAGCACGUCUCGUUUGCUCAGGGUGGCUCUUCGGAACUGUCUCUGGGCUGAGUGACAAGUUCUCGUAUCUUUCGAAGUCUGAAGACCAGCUUAGAGAGGCAUGGAGAGAUGUCGUGAAUCGUGCUCAAGAUUUUCAUGCUCCUCAUGUUAUUAGAGAUGGUUAUUGGGGUAUCCAUCAGCUCGUCGACGCCCUUUUCGCGACCCUAUACAACGAUUGGCUGGGUCAUAUGAAGACUGAAUUGCAGGACCAUCUGAUACCGAUUGGGUCUGAAAGGCAUCUCGGUGACGAUUACAGUCAUGGCUUCCGAAAGAUCAUUCUAGACCUUGUCAACAUGAAACCUGAUGGCGACGUCUGGUAUGAAAGAACCAAGCUCCAUCCCAUGGCGAUCAUGUGCUGUCUAUGUAUGGGCCAUAGUUUCAAUCUUAAGGAUGUUUUGGACCCAAAAGUGUAUAGGCGAGAAAAAAGCGAGGAGGAGAUGAUGAAUUUUCUGAAUGAGAGCUGUCGGUUUGUCGAUGGCCAGCGCAUGGGACUUCUCAACUUCGAAUCACAAAUCAUUACAAUCAUGGAGAAGCAAAAGGCGCAACCGAAGAUUAACGGUCAAAAAACGUAUCAAGGUCCCCCACCUUACAAGCUCGAUAUUGGGCUCCUUCCCAACUCGGCCCAAAAUGGUGACAUAGUUUGUUCGUUGUUCGGUUCCGAGAGGCUGCUAGUUUGUCGGGCCGUGCCGAAAGGAGAUGUUGAGAGCAACGAAAUUGGUCAACAUUUAACUAUGGUUGGUGAAUGUUAUCCUAACGACGCCUCUCUUUCUUGUUUCAACGGAAAAGACGUCCCAGUGACGAAUUUCAUCAUUCAUUAA